AUGGCUGACCAGCAGAACGACAGCGGAAAUGCUCUCCUCCAGGCCGCGACUUUGACCAAGACAUACCAUCGCGAGUCCUACCCCGGCAUCUCACCCACCCGUCCCGAAGUGUCGCAGGCCGGCCGCACCGUCCUCAUCGGCGGCGGGUCCAUGGGCAUCGGCUUCAGCGCCGCGCAGUCCUUCGCAGCCGCCGGCGCCGCCAGGGUCAUCAUCGUCGCCCGCCGCAAGGACAGGGUCGACGCCGCGGUGGCCCGGCUCAAGAGCGAGUACCCGGACGCCGAGGUCCUGGGACGGCCGAGCGACAUGACCGACUCCGCGCAGGUGGCGUCGCUCUGGGACGGGUUCGCGGCCGAUGGCGUGGUGGUGGACGUGUUGCUGCUGAGUACCGCCGUGCAGAGCCUCCCGCACACCAUCCUCGGCAAGGGCACCGAGGAGGUCUGGAACCACUUCAACAUCAAUGUGAAGGCGGGGUUGGCUUUCACGGAGAGGUUCUACAAGCAGCCGGGUCGUGAUGCGUCUAAGAAGCUGUGGCUGAUUAACUUGUCAACGGCUGUUGUCCACGCGCCGGAGUUUGCGGGUAGAUGGCCAACCUACGCCGUGACCAAGGCGGCGGGUUUGAUGCUCGCGCAGCUGAUCGCCCACAACCAUCCUGUCUCGGACAUGCAGGUCGUCAGCUUCCACCCCGGUGUGUUCUAUACCGAGAUAGGCCAGCAGACGGGCCAGGGAGAGGAUGCUUUUGAGUGGGAUGAUAUCAAACUGCCGGGAGACUUCGCCGUCUGGACGGCCUCCGAGGAGGCUGCAUUCCUGCAUGGGCGCUUCGUCUGGGCGCACUGGGACGUGGAGGAACUCAAAGCUGGUCCGAUCCGGGAGAGGAGCGAGGCCGACAGUAACUUUCUCACGGUUGGCAUUCACGGAUUGUAG